AUGAGUGCUGCGACUGAAUUAGAACAUGUUUUCAAAGACAUCGGCGUUCCACGACUUGACGAGAGAUUCUUGGCUUUGAAAAAAUCACUUGUGCAGGAAAAAGACAAGGAGAAGGUCAUCGCAUCAUAUGAAAGGCUUCUUCAUGUCCUGAAAUCCGAAAUCGCACACAUAGAAAAAUUUGGCCCCUCGCUAGUUCUAGAGAUUGACUUCAAAGAAGUCCAAAGAAACGUUCGUGGUCGAGGAUGUGUCAUUCUGAGAAACGUGGUGAGCGAAGAGCAAGCCAAAUGUUGGGAGGCAUCCCUGAAAGAUUACACUUGUCGGCAUCCUGCGGUUGGUGGGCACCCUCAAAGCAGCCCGGCGGCUUGGAAUCUGUUUGAGACACCCGCACAAGUGCAAAUGCGCUCCCAUCUGGCGGUAAUGGCAGCCAUGGUAUCUGUUUCUCGACUUGGGCAUGCCCAUCCUCCAGUCCUAAUCGACUUCGAUAGCCAGGUAUUUCCCUUGGCUCCUCACCUGGAUAGUGGUGCAAUUGAGAGAUGGGAAGAUGAGAUCAAUAGGAAGGACUUUGAUGCCAUAUUCCAAGUAAAAUGGGAGGAUUGGGAUGACUGGGCUGCAGACUUUCGUGUCAAUGCGAAGACUGAUCUAUAUCAAACCGGAAUCUCAUGCUCGACAUGGCGGAGCCUUCAAGGGUGGCUUUCACUUUCUCAGACGGGCACAGGUGAAGGUAGUCUACGUGUUCUUCCCAGUUUGAAAGCCUCCGUUGCGUACAUCAUGUUGCGUCCACUGUUCCAUACAGGGGAGUUUGACGACUCUUUGCCAACAUUCCCCGGUGCCACCUCUGGCAACACUCAGUUCAUCCCAAUGGCGGAUCAUCACCCCCAUUUGAAUAUCGAACGGGCAGUCGUAGGCAUACCCCCUGUGAGACCAGGGGAUUAUGUCUUCUGGCAUUGCGAUUUGGUUCACAGUGUCGAUCGGAUGAAUCUGGGUCAAAACGCCUCAAGUGCUUGUUACAAUGCCUGCAAUCCCUUGAAAUUGCAUAAUGCAGUCACUCGUGUCUACUCGGGCGGCUUUUCUAAAGGCCGACGUGCCAACUGA